AGAAAAAAAGUACCUUAUUUUAGCUGGGCAUGAUUCUAAACUGAUCCGAAACAAACCAAAAAAAGCGGAAGAUCAUGCAACCUUGCACUUAAAAGCUGGUUUUUGCUUCCUUCUAUCAGUCCACGUUUCAUGCUUCUUCUUACCCAUUACUCAUUUCACAUUCUCAUGCCAUCUUCCAUCUCUUCAUGGAUUCCUCGCAGACCAACAAUACCACUUUGCUCACUAACUUACUACUCUUCAACAACACCCUCCAACCAGAGUUGAUCAGGAGCGUGCAUGUGUACCGGCAAGGGGAUGAAGAGGAAAGGGCAGUUGAGAGGGAGUUUCUGUUUUCAGAGUGUGGUUCCUAUGGGGAAAUGCAGGCUACCCCAAUUCUUAAAUUUGUCAAAUCCCAUGUUUCUCAAGUGUUCGAAGGGUACAAGAAUGGAGUGUGGCUUUGUAUCUUUGCCUUUCAUGCUCAUCAAACUCCUCAAUUUUCCCGCAUUCCUCCGUUUUUGUUGGUCUCAAGAAACCCAAAGCUUCAGAUGAUUCCAAACUUGCUCCAUGAUCUCCAGGUGAUAUAUAAGUUGGAUAGGAAGGAGGAAGACAAAGACACAGCUCUAGGCUCUACAAGGGAAGAAUGUCAAGGAAACAGAAACAAUUUCCAGCCAUCAGAGAAAGUCUUUCCUGUUCUUGAUCAGGAUCUCAAUUAUCUUCCUUACGAAGAAGGCGAGUCCGAAUUACUGGACAAUGAGACAGAUGUUGAAAGCUCACCAGGUUUGCUAGGGAAAAAGAAAAGGGCACCCAGUGACCUGGUAGCAAAGAUUUCCUUAUCAGAUUUGGUCCAGUACUUUGGUAUGCCAAUCGUAGAAGCAUCAAGAAAUCUAAAUGUUGGGCUUACUGUUCUCAAGAGAAAGUGCAGAGAAUUUGGUAUUCCUCGCUGGCCUCAUAGAAAGAUCAAGUCACUUGAUAGUCUCAUUCAUGAUCUUCAGGAAGAAGCAAAGAACCAAGAAUUGGAGAACAUGGAUGCAGCAAUGGCAGUGGCAAAGAGACAAAGGAUGUUGGAGUGUGAAAAGGAAAACAUAGAGAAGAAGCCUUUCAUGGACAUUCAAACCGAGACCAAGAGGUUUAGGCAAGAUGUUUUCAAGAGAAGACACAGAGCAAGAGCGGUUGGAAAACAUAAUUCUACAGUAUCCAACACAUAGCACCCUUUAAAUAGUAAUAGUCAAAGAGCAACACAAACCAUAGUUUUCACGUUGUAGAAUGAGAUGAAAGUUGAAACCUAUACACCCCUUCUAACAGGGCAUUUUGACCCUCAUAGAUUUACUUUUGACUUA